GUUAGAGCUCCUCUGCCGGCGCACGUUUAGGAACGCGAUCAGGUGGCUAAUAGAAGGAUCGAGGGAGAUCAACCGUCGGAUCGUCUAAUCGACGGCGGUGUUCGAUUGACUUGUCCUGGGGUCACGAAUUAGUUCGAAGAACCCGAGGGAUCGUGCUAACGUGCGCAGGCGUGGCUUCUCUCAUUCCUCCAUUUAUCCUCCCCUCUUCCUUUUUCCCCAUUCCUUCCCCCCCUCCGAGCAAGCAGCCACCACAGAGCGAGAGCAGGAGCUUGACUUCUAACGAUGGCCGACCUCAGCAAUGCCGAUGGCCGCCGCGAACUCACCGUGGACCCCUCGCCGCACCAGACCGUAAAAGACAUGCAAGGCUCUGACAAUUCUAUACCUCUUUCUCCUCAAUGGCUUAUAUCAAAGGCUGUUGAUAAGGAAUUAGGCUCUCAUCAUGACAAUAGACCAGAUGCUGUGAAGGCAUUAGGAGCUGGUGAAGACUUGUCUAAUACUGGAAAGAGAAAUGAUGUUUUCAGGCCAGUCUUGCAUAACCUAGAACCUGGGCGCCGAGAUCGCUGGCAUGAUGAAGAAAGGGAAACUAGUUCCGCCAUUCGACGAGACCGUUGGAGGGAGGGGGACAAAGAGCCUGGUGAUUCUCGUAGGAUAGAGCGAUGGUCUGAAAAUACAUUCAGGCAUUCUGGAGAAACACGCCGAAUUCCGUCCGAAAGGUGGAAUGAUUCAGGUAACAAGGAAAGUGACCAGCGCCGUGAGAGCAAGUGGAACACACGCUGGGGGCCGGGUGAUAAGGAGUCUGAUAGCUGGCGUGAGAAGUGGUCAGACUCCGGCAAAGGUGGUAAUGGAACUCCUGACAAAGGAACACCUGCGCCCUAUCUUAGCGGUCAUGGCAAGGACAUAAACAACCAUGGAAAGGAGACAGAAGGAGAUGACCAUUAUUCUCGUUCAUGGAGGUCCAACUAUACGUUGGGCCGUGGAAGGGGAGAUUCUUCUCACCACCAAUUGCAGACACCUGUCAAACAGCCCAAUAUGAUUGGCUACGGUAGAAUAAGAGCAGAAAAUGGGAUAUCAUCUGCGCCUAUUGGUCGAGGAAGGUUUAAUUCUAGCAUGAGCAGCACAAAUAGUGAUGCUUCACGUUCCCUUCACUUGGGUUUUUCUCAUGAGAAGUCAGAUGGUGCAUCCGGAGACCUUUCAACUAUAAGAUAUACUAGGAUGAAAUUGCUGGAUAUAUACCGGACAACUGAUAUAAAAAGUUUUAGAUUGUCAUUAGAUGAGUUUGUUGAAGUACCUUCCCUGACACAAGUUGAACCUCUGGAGCCUUUGGCUUUUUCUGCUCCGACUUCUGAUGAAUCGGUUAUCAUCAAGGGAAUCGACAAGGGAGAAAUUGUGAGCAGUGGUGCUUCUCAGCUUAUAAAGGAAAGCUCCAUUGGGAGGACUAACACAGAUGCUGUCUCAUCACGGCAAAGUAAAUUAGAUCUAGAUGUGGUUCUUCCUAGUGCAGAUGAGAUGAUUACUAAAGAAGUAACCAGGAUGGAAAGUUCAUCUCAUUAUGUUGUCCCACAGAAAUCUCAGUCAGCUGGAGACCAUAAAUAUGGUUCUAAAUUUGAUAGGAAAGAUUUUUCUUUAGAAGUUGCAUCAGUAGAGUCAGAUAUGAGUUCAUCCCAUCUGCAGAAAGAUGUGGAAUUUAAGCAUAAUACAGCUAUUACCUCUUUAUUAUACAGAGAUGGCCAAUGGCAAGACACCGACAGAGUUUGUUUUCAUUCAGAUACAAAAAGUGAUUCCAAUAAUAAAAGGCAAUCAACUGAAGCUAUGAAGGAAAGUGAUAGUUUGAUUUCCAAGGAUGUGUUGAUUGCCAGGAAGCUGCAGUCACCUUCUCCAGAAGAUCUUUCUUUGUACUAUAAAGAUCCUCAAGGUCAAAUUCAAGGUCCUUUUUCUGGAAGUGAUCUUAUUGGAUGGUUUGAAGCAGGAUAUUUUGGUAUUGAUUUGCAAGUACGACUUGCGGGUUCUCCAGCUGAUGCACCUUUUUCAUCACUUGGGGAUGUAAUGCCACACCUACGGAUGAAGGCAGGGCCACCACCUGGAUUUGGCGUUGUGAAACACAGUGUUACAUUGGACGAAUCUCUUAAGGGAAAAAUUGUUAAUCCUGGUAGCAUUCAUUCAGGUCUUGGCGAAAAUGUUCUUAAGAGUGGACAGAGAAACAUGCAUGACACUGCAACUGAAUCACAGAAUCGGUUUUUGGAGUCGUUAAUGUCUGGUAACACGAGUGGUUCACCUUCAGAAAGGUUUUCUCUUAGUCGAGGUAUGCAAGAAUUUGGAGGGAGCACAUCUGGCCGAUUGCCCUCUGUGGUAGGAGAAAGUGGGAACGAUAUGAAUUACCUCUUUGCCCAAGCCAGGUUGUUGGAGAGGCAAAGGUCAUUACUGAAUCCUCGUUCAUAUUGGUCAGAGGGUGAUGUAUCAUCAAUUGCUUCAAAAACAGAUAUAAUCUCAGAUUCUUCUGUGCCCCAUUCUAAAUUCAUGCCUUCGGCUGGGGGCUCUCCCCCUCAAAUUCUUCAGUCUCCUCAGCAUGUUGACUUGUUGUCCUUACUGCAUCCUGGAGCAGAUAAGCCUCCUUCACGGUCUGUUAAUUCUGGUGUGCCUUUUCGUCCAAACUUUUUAGAAGCACCAACUGUAAACAGCCCUAUUUGUGGUGGUGUUGAGUUUCCAGCUGACAUGUUAAACAUGCAUUAUAAUCAACCUAUGCCUUCCCAGAUCAGGUUAGGAGUUCAGCAGCAGGGUUUGCAAUCUGCUAAUCAGCCACCAUUGCCUCAUUUAAUCACACAACAUGGUGAUCUUUCGUCUUGCUUAGUUCCACCCGAGAAAAUGCUAACUUCUGAGAUAAACCAGGAUCCUCGUUUGUCGAAUUUAUUGCAACAACAGCAUCUGCUGUCACAGCUACAGUUGCAUUCUCAGAUUCCUGCUGCUCAACUCCCUUCUCUGGAAAAGAUCUUGUUGCUCCAGCAGCAGCAAAAGCAAGAGCAGCAGCAGCUCUUGAUGCUUCAGCAGCAGCAGCAGCAGCAGCAGCAUAUGCUUUCGAAGGUCCUAUCUAGUCAUCAGUCUCAUCAACAGUUUGGUGAUCCUUCUUAUGGACAGGCACCUGCUGCCAUGUCAGCAGGUAAUGCUGCUGUCAAUCAUCUUAUGCUUCAAAGAACACAUGAGGUACUUCAGAUGAAUCAGCAGAGGCCUGUUGCAUAUGAGUGUUCCGAGCAACCAUCUUACUAUCCGAAUGUUAAUAUGCAAGGCACGCUGGAUGUCAAUUCUGUAAGCUCUGGAUCUCUGUCCAUGUGCUUACCACAUCAGGUCUUUGACCAAAUGUCUUGUUCAAAAGAAUCAGAUACUCAAUUUUCACUGGAUAAUGAUGAUAUUCCUAACCCUACUACUGUAGAAAAACCAGUGAUGGCAGAUAGUUUGACUUUCUUAGAGGCUAUGAAGACAUCUGAGGAACUAACUUCUGAUCUCCAAAAGAUCGAUCAAAGCUUGGGUGAUGCUGAGACAGACCAUAAGCCACCAUUGAUAUCUCAGACUCGAGCAGUGCCACCAUUUGGUUCUGAAGCCCUGAAUAAUUUGGAUUCUGUCGAGGGUGGUCAAACAUCUCAUGAUUUUGUAUCAUCUAUCUCUGAUCAAGUACAAAAUAUAAAUAUUUCUGGCCAUGAAGUUAAAGAAAUGGUUGCAGAGGCACAAGUUAAAAAGGCUUCUGAAAAGAAAUUAAAAAAGCAGAAGAAAUCCAAGACAAAGAUAUCUGCAGACCCUGGUAAAGGAUUGCCUAAGACGGUUUCCAGCCAAAGAUCAAGUACUGACAUUGAAAUUGUUGGUACAAAUGCUAAUGAGGUUAAAUCUGAAGUGCAAGCAGAUGCUGAAGAGUCUCUCUGUGGGCCUUCAUCUGGAACAGGAGUUGAAGGUUCUGUUGCAUCCUCCACCGAGCAUUCUGAAUCUCUGAGAUCACAGUUGUUAUCCUCCGUGAAUCUUGUAACUGCUGAAUCUAAAACCGAAGGAGAAGCUGAAUCUGGAGUGGUGGGGCCACUGACAUCCAAUUCAAAGGUAACUUCAUCUCAGUGGGCAUGGAAAUCCUCUCCAGGUCUCAAGCCUAAGUCACUUUUGGAGAUACAACAGGAGGAACAGCUGAGAGCACAGAAAGAAACAUUGCUUUCUGAAAUUGAUGCAGUUCCUACAUCUGCAAGAAGUCCACUGCCAGCUCCUUGGUCAGGGUUAGUCACCAACUUGGAAAAUAAAUUGAAUGGUGAUACCAAACAAGCUGCAACAAGUUCCGUGGUUAACUCUGAAAAUAAUCUGAAGUCGAAGAGCAGGAAAAGUCAGCUGCAUGAUUUAUUGGCUGAAGAAGUUUUGACCAAAUCAAGUAAAGAAGACACAGAGCUUUUUGUUAGUCGUGCUGAGGGUUUACUUCUACCACCUCCGACACCAGCUGGGUCCGACAUUGAUACAUCUGCUGUUGAUGAUGAUGACUUUGUUGAGGCUAAAGAUACUAGAAAAGCCCGCAAGAAAGCAUCAAAGUCAAAAGCUUCAGGAGUUAAGAUCCCACAAUCAGUUGGUAUGGCUGAAUUGUCUGCAGAUCCGUCUCCUACUGAAAAGGCUAAAGGUACAUGUCAGGUUCAACAAGAGAAAGAAUUGUUGCCUGCUCUACCCAAGGGUCCAUCUUUAGGAGAUUUUGUUCUUUGGAAGGGGGAUCAGGUAAGCUCUGCUCCUCCUCCAGCUUGGUCUCUGGACUCGAGGAAGCUUCACAGGCCGAUGUCAUUAAGAGACAUUCAAAUGGAGCAAGAGAAGAGGUCUGGAACCGUGCAGCAACAAAUUUCAAUACCAACUCCUGCAAAGCUCCAAUCAAACCAUGCUAGCCGUGGAAAUGGGUCUUCUAGGCAGGAUUCUGGAUCAUUUCCAUCCAACACUGCAUCAUCCAUUCAUCUCGUUUCACAAGUUUCAACUCAGACAAAAUCUAGGUCUGAAGAUGAUCUAUUUUGGGGACCUAGUGAGCAAUCAAAACCAGAACCCAAGAAGCAACUGGUUAAGGGCACUCCUUCAAAAGGAGCUUCUGGAGCAGGAUCAGGUCAGAAGCCAUCAGGAAACAGACCUGUGGAUCAUUCUCUUUCAGCCUCACCUGGGCCAGUUGUGUCGGUUUCAAAGGGUAGGAGUGUUGCCACAACAAAGAACUCAGAAGCAGUGGAAUUCAGGGACUGGUGCGUGAAUGAGUGGGUCCGUCUUACGGGAACAAGUGAUACAAGUUUUCUGGAAUUUUGCGUAAAGCAAUCAACUUCAGAGGCAGAAGUGCUACUGAGAGAAAAUCUUGGUUCUUUGGACCGCAACCACGAGUUCAUUGACAAUUUUCUCAACUACAAGGAAUUCUUGGCACCGGAUGUCCUCGAAAUUGCCUUCCAGCCACAGAAGUCCCGAAACACAUCUGUACAUAAUACAUCUCUUCGGAGUUCCAACACUGCUACUGAUGCCGAGGAAGGCUUAGAGGAUGGGUUAGAUGGGCCAUCCAAAGGACGGGGGAAGAAAAAGGGGAAGAAAGGGCAGAAGAUGAACCCAUCUAUCUUAGGAUUUAACGUAGUCAGCAACCGGAUAAUGAAGGGUGAAAUCCAGAGCAUCGAUGAUUAGAGGGGGUUAGUUGUGCCGAGUGUACAUACAUUAUCUUGAUAAACCAUAUGUAAAUGUUGUCAUCCUUUUCUCUGGCGGGUUUCCGCGCAAGUAGUUGGAACAGAAUUACAGCUCGAUCGAUUUUGUAGGCAAGCAAAACCACCAGGCAUGUGCUUUUGAAUACAAAAAAAGCUUAGCCAUGGUUGAUUCAAAGGACUAGUCAGGCAUUCAAUGUUUUUUUGUUGGAUUAUUUCA